AUGGCGCAAAGCAACGGAACCACAGAGUCGGGGCUACAGCUGCCAGAGCCAUUUGCCAGUAUCCCCAGAGAGCCCUUGCUGUUCGGACCGUCUCCCAUCCAAGCAUUGCCUCGGAUAUCCAAAGCCCUAGGGGGGGAGGUCAAUGUCUACGCGAAACGGGAGGAUUGCAAUUCUGGGCUGGCAUUUGGCGGCAACAAGACCCGCAAACUUGAAUACUUCGCCCCCGAGAUUCUUGCGCAAGGCUGUGACACUAUAACCAGUAUCGGAGGGGUUCAGUCAAAUCAUACCCGCCAAGUUGCGGCAGUGGCUGCCAAACUAGGGCUGAAAGCUGCCCUGGUACAAGAAAAAUGGGUUGACUGGAACGAUCCGGGCUACGAGAAGGUCGGCAACAUUCAACUCUCACGUUUGAUGGGAGCCAAUCCUCGACUCGAUCCGUCCCCGUUUGGGAUUGAGCAUAAAAACUCUCUCUCGACCUUGACUCAGGAGAUUGUCGCCCAGGGCGGAAAGCCGUAUUACAUUCCUGCUGGCGCCUCCGACCAUCCAUUGGGGGGACUCGGCUUUGCCCGGUGGGCGUUUGAGGUCGAGCAGCAGGAGAGAGAGCUCGGCGUCUUCUUCGACACCAUCAUCGUCUGUGCAGUCACUGGCUCGACCAUGGCUGGUAUGGUGGCCGGCUUCAAGCUGGCACAGAAACACGGCUCGAAGCCCCGCAAAGUGAUCGGGAUCGACGCGUCGGCCAAGGUUCAAAAGACCUUUGACCAGGUUCUUCGGAUUGCAAAGGCGACUGGCGUCAAGCUCGGGCUUGACCCAGGCGACAUCACAGAAAAGGACAUCGUCUUGGACGAUCGAUAUCACGCUGGGUGCUACGGCAUCCCCGACAAACAGACUAUCGAUGCAAUCAAGUUUGGCGCAUCAACCGAAGCCUUCAUCACAGACCCGGUCUAUGAGGGAAAGAGCCUGGCAGGACUGAUGGAUAUGAUCCGGCAGAAAGAGAUUCCCGCCGGGAGCAAUGUGUUGUAUGCUCACCUGGGCGGCCAAUUGGCACUGAACGCAUAUUCAUCAAUGGAAUGA